CGAUUCAAAGUGACAUAACCUCUAAAAGCAGUGUGUACAUUAUAACAUUGACAUUUGACGAAUGUGUCGAGUGUAUUAUAAUUCAGAUUCUCGUAUAUAUUUUUUUUUAAUAUUCACAUAAAAGUUGUUUAAAACUUACGAUAUUCAUUUUCAAUUCGACACAAACGAAGAAUUAUUUAAAACUGCAAAAUGGCACAACAAGCACCAAAAGUAGCUCAAAACUUUGCACAAAAGUUUUUCAAUAAUUUAAAAAGUAAAGAAUUCCGUGACUAUUUGAUGAGCACACAUUUCUGGGGUCCAAUUGCAAAUUGGGGUAUACCAAUAGCUGCAUUGGCUGAUAUUCGGAAAGAUCCAAAAUUCAUCAGUGGAAAAAUGACACUUGCGUUAACACUGUAUUCAGCCGUAUUUAUGCGAUUCGCCUGGAAAGUGCAACCACGCAAUUUACUUCUAUUUGCAUGCCAUUUUACAAAUUUUUCCGCACAAGGAACUCAAGGUGCUAGAUUUAUUAAUUACAAUUAUUUAAGUGAUAAAUCGAAACAAUCUCAGUAAUAAGAUCAAUUCAUCGAUUUAAAAUUCGAUUUUAGAAUAUAUUUAUUUGUUGUUAUGGAGAGAUUUUUCAAUUUGUUUCUAUUUCUUUUUUCCACAUGUUAAACAUUCACA